GCGUCAUCACUAGGCGCGGGGAACGGGACACGGCGCGGGCGUGACACGGGGCCAUGCUAAGCCGGCUGCAGGAGCUACGCAAGGAGGAGGAGACGCUGCUGCGGCUGAAAGCAGCCCUCCACGACCAGCUGAACCGCCUCAAGGUCGAAGAAUUGGCCCUCCGAUCAAUGAUCAGUUCCACAGGAGACGAUGGGAAGGUGUCCUCUCCCCCGGCACCUGAACCUUCACAGGAUAUGUCGGUGCACGUAGACAACGAAGCAUCAAUCAACCAGACGGCGCUGGAGUUGAGCAUGAGGAGCCAUAUGACGGAGGAGGAGGAGGAGGAGGAGGAGGAGGAGGAGUCCGAUUCCUGAAGGGGACGGAGCCUGGGAGGUAUCCUGCAGGAGGAAAGUGGACCUCACACCUGGCCAAUCUUCCCAGGAGGUUACGGGAAGCACCCUGGCUUGGCUCCAGAUGGCAAAGAAAGUAUGAACAAAACACAGCGCAGGAGGUGCCAGACCGCCAGCAACUCCAGUCCUGCUCGCUUCCUUAAGCAAACUCCUAUACAGGAUCCCAACUCGGAACUCACAGUGCAGGGGAGCGGCUGGGAGCACGGGCUCUGCAGACGAUCUGCUGGAACCCAAACUCCACCUCUGCCGCCUCCUACCCAGGGGACUGAGCACAGUGAGGCCGGUAACGGGAGGUUAUUAUACUCACGGGGCUCCUGUAUGCGUCAAGCACGUUAAUACACAUAAAGCACGCAGAAGAGCAUGUACCCACAAUAAGCACGCAAUAAUGUUAGCACUUGAUCAUUACUGUUUUCAUCACAGCUUGCACCUGGCAUUCUCCUAACAAAUUAUAAUUAACGAAAUCAAAAGACUAGUGUCAUAGAGAGCUUCAUUCAUUCUGUAAUCCUACACAGUGCACUGGACUAGGUUCGCUUCUAUAGAGAGCAGAUAGAAAAAUUACUGUAUCUUCAACACACUUAACAUAAUAAAAUCAAAGAUACAUAAGAAAAGUGCUGUAGACAUUAAAAAGAAGGGAACAGUAAUUCUGACUAAACGCAGAAGACAGCAUUUAAGGUGAAAUCUUUUCUUUUUUAAGACAGGGUCUCACUGUGUAGUUAGGCUG